AUGUCUAAGGAAAAUGAAAAUAUAAAUGAAGAAAUAUUGGACGAUAAAGCGAGAAGAAAAAAAGAGCGAGAUGAUUAUUUUCUAAAGCUAGAAAAAUGGUUACAAGAAGCCUAUGCAUGGCAAAGUGCUGCUGCUACUGUACCAUAUUAUCUUAUGUCUGGUCAACUGUUGCAUCAACCUGCAGGAUCCCCGCUGAAUCAAUCACCGGCUAGUUGCAGCAAUAUCAAUAAUUCGUCAAUAAAUACCCCUGGCACUUCACAAUCAACAAGUUCAAGUGCACAAACUAAUCAGCAGGCUGAUCAGUCUAGAAAUAAUUUAAAUGGUACAACUUCCAAUUCCAAUUCCAAUCGACCUGAUGGUAUUGAAUAUCAUAUACCGCCGAUAUGGAAGCGUUUUGUAGCAGAAUUAAUAGACUCGUUAAUGUUAUUUGUUUUAAAAUUAGUAAUAACAUUUGUUGCGCUAGAUAUAUUUGCCACUAUGAAUAUGGAGCCGUACACUCUUGACACACUGCAGAGUAGUUUGAAAAUAGUUGACUAUAAAAUGGCUAUGGACGUUGCAUCGACGAUAUUGAUUUGGGAAUUGAUGCAUCGUUUUAUUGUCUGUGUAUUUGAGGCAAUAUUUAUUCAACACGGCAUAAAUGGUCGUAUCGGUGGUGCAACACCUGGUAAAUUCCUGAUGGGUCUUAGAGUUGUGCAAUGCCGUACAAUAACACCAGUAGAACGUCGUGAUGGGACCGAAGUGGUGCUAGUAUCUCCUGGUACCGACCUGGGUCUCCCGUUAGCUCUGGGACGUUCAAUUGUAAAAAAUUUAAUAAUGACUCUAAUAUUUCCAAUUUGCUUCUCCCUGUUUUCCUUCAGAUUCAAUCGUACCGGUUACGAUCUCGCUUGUCAUUCAAUAGUAGUUGAAGAUCCCGACAGAACAAAUAACAACAAUAACUUCAACAAUCGCCCUCACCAAGAUUAA